AUGUGUUUUAAUGUGUCCAUCAGUGGCUUCUGUGUUUGGUUGUGCUUUCACCAGGGAGACGACGCUUUGAUCACGGCUGGAAAGCUGUGUGGGGCCUAUGUGUACCUGCUCUUCAUGCUGGUGGCAGUCGUGGCCUUCUCUUUCACUCUGCUCCGAUUGCCUGAGACCAAGGGACGAACAUUUGACGACAUUGCAGAGGAGUUCAGAGGAGCAGACGAAAUCCCACUCAACAAGACCGGCUUCAACACUUUCAACUGA